GACCAAUUGGAACUUCAGUUGCGUCGCGAAUUUCAAAUCACUCGGAUGGAACUUUGAGAACACAAUUAUUUCGGUGUAGCUGAUCGGAAAUGGUUUUUUCUCAGCAUUCUGAAGUGCCGUUUCAAAGCGUGUGAUUAUGUAAAAGUUCUGUGGCAGCUUAGUUUGCUUGGUGAGAAAUGGAUAAAACGAAACUGUUAGCUCUACUGAUUGCAAGCGCCCUCUGUCAAACGUGUCGAGCUGGUCGAAUAGCGUUCCCAGAAAGCUCACAAUCAUCAGCUUCUUCAAAAGACCAGUCACAAGCCCAAGCCAGAAGUCUGAACGUUGCCCCUUCAGCGUCUUCCCGACAGGAAGAGUUCGAAGGUCGCAGCUAUCAAGGAGGUUACAGUCAAUCGGCCGGUAAACGACCCGACUACAGUCGCUACAGCGUCUAUGAACACGAGGAUGACUACGCACGUCCUUCAACGACGUACUAUGCGACAACUACGACGGCACGGCCUUAUACCAGUAUUGCCACAACUCGACAAGCCUACAAUAGGCAGCCGAACGCAUACUUCAAUCGACUUCCACCGGCAAAGAAUGACGAUCCGAUUGAAGCGGAAGACGAUUACAGUGACGAGGAAGACGUUGAAGAAGCUCCCGAUCCACCGAGUAGUCCGGCAAGCUCGUCGGCAGCAGAUUACAGUAGCAGCAGUAACGGUGGGUACGGUGGAAAGCCAGUGGAGUUCAACAAUAUCUUCUACGGGUUGAACGAUAAGUUUGGAGGGCUGAAUUUGGGGAAUUUGUUCGGAGAAAAUCGUAGAAAACACAAGUUUAAGUUCAAACGACGGAAACCUGGACAACCUUGCAUUCCUUAUGAUGUGUUCAACCGACUACGAAACGGGAGAGACGCUAACGGGAAUCGCAUCGAACCGAAAACGCUGUAUCCUCCGUUGAGUUUAGUUCUUGCGGACGUUAACUACUACAGUCCACAGAACCACUACAACGGACAUGGGGGAGCCUCGGAUACGGGAAGUGGAGCAACGUUCAACAACCACUACUACGACGCUGUUGGUGGUUAUCCCUGUGUCGGAGUUAACUUUGGCCACAAACCGCAUCGGCCAUUGCGACCUCACGGUGGCCCUCUAGGGUUUUUCGGUCAGGGCGGCCUUUUCGAUUGGACGACCUCCAAUGAUGCCGUCCAGAGUGACACCGGAGAAGACGACGGCACAACAACCGGCGGCUCCGGAACUAAACCGCAAGUGGUGUUCAACCUGAACGAUGCCAUCGAUACAGUGGCAACCAAUUGGAAACCAGGCCAGGGAUUUCAGUCGAUGAUGCAGGUGCUGGCUGAGUUCAUAACGUCGGUCGCUGGGGGUGCUCCGGUUGCAGCCGGGGAUGUUGUUGGUGAUGCUGUUGACACAGUGAGGAAAGUGAACAAGGAGUUUACUAGUUUGUUUACCGGUUAGUAUCUAGAGCUCUAACGAAUGAUGUACAAAACGAACGAAAUGAGUAAAUUAAUUGUUGAAACUAAUAUUAGAUAAGUGUCUGUUGAGAUUAACUUGUAAUUCAAAACUUUGAUCAGUGAUUAACUUAAUGCUGAAUUUUAAGAAUUUUUCUGUUAUACAAUGUACAAUAAAAGUUAAACUUCAAAAUAUUGUUUAUUGGUUUUUUUAAUCAAUUGAGGCAAGGUUUAAAAAAAUAGCUUCAGGAUGUUGAGGAGGCACUAGAUUUUUAAAAUCAGUUGUAUUUUUCUAUCCGUGAUUCCCAAAAUCUUUAGUUAACCAAAUGACAUACAAAAAUCAUACUUUCGUAAAGUUAACUUAAUCCUUAGGCAUUGAUGUGACGGAAGAUGGCUUAAGCUUUUAUCCUGAAUUAAAGCUACAACAAAAAAAAAGACAUAGGUAGAUCGUGUUCAACAGUUUUUUUUUCUCCUGUUGUUUCACCCAACUUGAAUAUGUCGGUUCAAAGAUUUUCGACUUCGGAAUCAUUGCUGAGUACCUAAAUCUGGCGAACGUGGGG